AUGCCAGUUCAAACAAACAAAUACAAUUUAAGACCAUUUAAAGAAGCACCCUUAUCUAAAACAAACAUAAAACCAGUUGAGUUAGAACACCUUGAUUUGUCAUUGUACAAAGAAGGGCCAGAAAAUUUAGAGUCUAGAAAACAAUUAGCUUCUAAAAUAGAAAAAUCUUUAUCAACUUAUGGUUUCAUAUCAGUAACAAAUCAUGGAUUUGAUUUAUCUAAAAUAGAAUUUUUGAAAUCUAUAGCUCAAUCUUUAUUAGAAUUACCAGUUGAAGAGCAAAAGGAUUAUUUAGCAGGAGCUUGGAAGUCAGAUUUAGAAGAUCGAACUAAAUCAUCAGGUGGUGAAAAUGGUUCAGGAUUUAAACCUAAGAAAUAUUGGUCAAUGAGAAAUGGAGUUGAAGAUUCUAUAACUCAUUAUAAUUUUAAUAAUUUAAAUCAUGAUAGUUUUUUCGAUACUGAUAAAAAUAAUUAUCCUGAAAUUGUACGUGAAUACUUAGAUAAAAUUGCUGAAUAUUAUCGUUUUUUACAUUCUGAUACUUUAAGAAAGAUAUGUAAUUUGACUGAUUUAGCAUUAGAAAUUCCUGAAGGAUUUUUAUAUAAAAAUUAUUAUUCAGUAAUUGAUGGUGAUUAUAAUAAUUCUGGUGGUGGUACUGGUAGAAUGAUGAUGUAUGAUCCAAUGGACCCAGAAGAUUUGAAAAAAACAGGAAAAACUACCCUUCGAGGUCAUUCAGAUAGUGGUGGUUUUACAUUCAUAACAUCACAACCUAUAUUAUCAUUACAAAUUAGAAAUUAUUUCACUGGAGAAUGGAAUUAUGUUGGUCAUACUCCUAAUGGAUUAAUUGUAAAUAUUGGAGAUGCAAUGGAAUUUAUAACUGGUGGAUAUUUUAAAUCUUCAAUUCAUAGAGUUGUUGCACCACCAGAUGAUCAAAGUGAAUAUAAGAGAUUAGUAUUAAUUUAUUUUUCUAAACCUAAAAAUACAUCAAUUAUUGAUCCAGAACCAUUAAAAUCCCCCAAAUUAAAAAGAUUAGGGUAUAAUAAACCUGAAAUUUGGGAUAAAAUAAAUUUUCAAGCUUGGAAUAAUGAAAAAGGUAGAUUAUUUGGUAAAAAAACUGUUAAUGAUACAAAUACUGAAGAACCAAAAUUAGUCUUGAUGUAUGGUAGAUUACAUGAAAGAUGGCAUCAAGUUGAAUCUAAUUUUAGUGUUGAUGAAGCUAUUAAAAAAUUUGAUGUUAUUAAAUUAGAAGAAUUAGUUGAAUCUAAUAUUAGUGUUGAUGAAGCUACUAAAAAAUUUGAUGAUAUUAAAUUAGAAGAAUUAGUUAGUCAAUAA